AUGCGUCCCGCCUUUGCUUUGACUUUCACGGCCCUGGCCACCCUGGCCAACUUUGAUGCUGCCCUCGCUGGCCCAUGCAAGCCUCAUGCUACGACCAUUGACACCACCGCAACAGCAACGACAGCCGGCCCCACGACUUCAGAAACAAAGGGACCCCUCGUUGUCAAGAAUGUCAUUGGCAACGGAAAUUUUGCCAAUAGGGACCCAACCAACCCAAACAACAUCCCUAACUUCACAAUUGAAGGAAGUGUCCAGAUUGCUGAGAACAAGGGCUAUACAGGCGACGGCAGCAAAGAGAAGGGCUGUGUCGAGCUGCAAGCUGCUAACCAACCUCCCGGGCGCAAGCGAGCCAUUGGCAAUAUUGUCAGCAUUUCGCAGCAGCUUGACUCUCUUGAUGUCAAGAAGAAGUACACUAUUCGUUUCUUUUAUGCAGUGGUUCUAGCUGGCAGCGUUAAUGUUUGCACGCUCAGCGCUUCUAUUGCUGGCCAUGUAUUCUACACGUCGACGAUUCUUAGCAUUGGAGCUGCUGCGGACUGGAAUACUGUUGUCGAACAAACCGAUGUUCCCAAUACGGAGGGUGCUUUCUCAAUUGCGAUAAAUUGUCCAAUUGGUGGAAUUGCAGCUAUCUAUGUUGACUCCAUCUUUAUGUCUAACCAGGUUACUCCUGAGACGAUCAACGAUGUGUCGAUUGACUUUGGUGCUGGAGGUAGUUCUUCUACUUCAAGUGGUUUGCUGGCUGAAUCUACCACAUCCAUGGGAUCAAGCAGUAGCGCAAACACCCAUGGGCCGUCAACAGAGACCGAGAAGCUCACUGGGUCUCAUGUCGUCACUUCAGAUACUGCGCACCCAACGACUGGCUUUUCUACAGGUUCUGAUGUUGACACUUUCAGUCCAUCAACUAUGUCUGAGACUACAAUCCGCCCUUCCUCAGAGACGCAGAAUGAAGCACAUACAGCUGGUUCAUCGACUGCCUCUGAUCCUGCUACUCGAGAUCUAUCAACUGCCUCUCAGCCUGCUACCCGAGACCCAUCAACCGAGCCAGAGAGCCAUGUUCCCACUCUUACCUUGAACCCAACCACUAUCGACCUCUCUACUGCCAGCUCUUUGCCAACUGGCUCACGCGUCUGCCCCGUUGGAGCCGCACCUCCCGGCUACUGCACACCCGUUCAGCCAGAAGUAACACAAACGGUCUCCUUGCCCGGAAUCCCGCAGGAGUCAGAUAAUGAUCGACCUACCGCUCCUCGAGCCUGCUGGGCCUUUGGGAGAGCAAAGUCCGGUACAUGGGGCCGCACAACCUCAAGCAACCCUCGACAAAACUCUAUCGCAGACUGUGCCCUACUAUGCAAGCAAGAAGGUUCUGCUUGCAAAGCCUUUGCUUUGGAUGACAUCAACCAGGAUAGCUCCUGCCAAUUUCUUUCCGAUACACUUGGCGUAGUUGGCAUCGAUCUAAAUAAGCAAUAUUCUUUGAUGUGGAAUGAUUUCGAUUGUUUCGAGUGUCAUGAUUGCAAUGUCAAGAACCCAGCGGAUAUUGAGACGACAUCUGUUGCGCCAUCAACAACCUCUCUCCCAGAAAUCACCACCUCUGCUGCUCCAUCCGUCCCAACCGCCUGCCCCCACUGUCAUUUACAGAGCUCUCCAUCUUCAGAUCUUGUCUGCGAGAAGAUAGGUAACCUUGGCACUGUUGAUCUCCAGCCUUAUGCCAACAAUGACUUUGAUAAGUCAACUAUGCAGACAACUUCAGAGCAGUGUGCAACUAUAUGUUUCAUACUCAAGGAUUGCAGCACCUCGGCAUAUGAUUAUGCGCGAAAGAGGUGUAUAUUCACCAACACCGCCAUGUCAAGCAGCCUGUUUCAGGAGGCUCAAGAUCAGAACCCUUCUGCUUAUGUUCUCCCAUGGAGCUCCAAGGGUUGCUGGUCGUGCUCAAAUGAUUGUUCAGCUGAGGAUCAUACUACGAGCCAAGCUCUCAGCUCUACCGAACAUACUGUGGAGUACACGACAAUGACUCCAACUCGAACUGAACCUCUUACAACUUUCAUCUCCUCUUAUGCCCCAACAACCACUGAAUCUUCCAUGCCUCAAUGCACGCUCGCCUUAUCUGAUGGAUGCACCUUUGAUCAGAACAACUAUGAAUAUUCUCAGUGCAGCAAAUCCGGAACUUCGAGAAACAUUUUCACGCUCAGAGAGGAUGAAUACCCCUGGCAGCUCAACAUUAACACUUAUCAAAACUGUGUAGCUAUGUGCAAUCAGAUGCCCAGUCGCUGCAAGGCUUCCGCAUGGGAUCAAAACCUACAGCAAUGCGUCUUUUCCUCCAGCUCCAUCUUUAGCUCCUCAUUCACCCCUGGUAAUGAUGACGGUUCUCAGAAUUGGAGUGAGCAGAGUUGCUAUCUGUGUUUCUGCCAUGACCAAGAUCGCGAUGAAUACUCCGCGUCCCUGCGAACUGCACUACCCUCUGCGGCUUGCACUCCUAGCAUCACAAGUGAGGAUGCCGUUUGUCAGCUCAGGCAGGUUGAUGACAGCAAUGUGGUCUGUCAACAUUCGGGGUACUUCCCUUGGUCUUGGGACGAUGCACCUUCCAAGUUUCCCAACCAAGAUUCUGAGGAACGAUGUGCGGCUCUUUGUAACUCGAACCCCGAUUGCAUGUCGUCGGGUUGGUCUGAAGAGUAUGGUAAAUGCGCUUUGGCAGGUUUCCAACUCAAGGGUCUCUCGUGGCAGCAGUUUGGUUCUACGAAGUUGAGUUGGAGCGAUAAGGGCUGCUGGGACUGUUCUGACUGUAUCAAGAGUCAGAAGUGGCGUAUUAUUAACUAA